AUGGCCUAUCCCAGCGACCUGAGCAACUUUCCCUCAGCGUCAGGCACCGCCAGUGCCCAUCUCGAUAUAAGAACUCCCCAUGGCAGAGGUUAUUCCACAGCUCCCAAUCAUAUCGAAGUGGCAGAAGGCCCCUCCCCUAAAUACAACCAUCAAAGGCUUGUAUUUACAGAUCCUGUUGCUUUCCGUUACCUGGAAGAGGAUCCUUCUACGGUAGUCCUGGAUCGACGUCGUACCCUGACGGGCUAUGAAAUUUACAUUGUGGAGCAAUGGGCGUGCUCCAGGGUACAUCCUACGUUUGUUAUCAACACAUAUACGGGCGAUCCUUCUCAUUCUGCUAUUGUGGCGGUUCUCAGUGUUCCUACGGACGAAAAUGCCUGGUCUCCUCGGUUGAGGGUUUACUUCAAUGCGAUUUCACAAUUCCAUGCCCGAAAACGAGAAACUCCCCUUGGUAUUUUGAUGGUCACGAAUCUCAGCAGUUUCCCGUCCGCAUUGACCGUGAUACCCGUCCCUGAUGGCGAUGUUAAGAGACAUAGGGAUGAUUUCAUUGUUAACGAGAACCUGAAGCGUCUUUGUUGUUCAGGACGGGCUGGGAUGAACUUGAGGCAGCCGACUGCUACUACGCAAGCCAAGUUUUAUCAGCUAUACAGGACGAGUGAGCGUGUGCCGUUCUACUCAGCAGUCUUAGAACUGGUGAAAGAGUGCCAGAUUGCAUUGACGAUUUUCGAUAAGCUGGUCCCCGAGUAUGCGGACGGAUUGCUCUGUGAUGUGACAGAGAAAGCCAUAAAUGAUUGGUGGACUGAUACUGGAACUGAUUUCUUCAAUAUCGAGCCAAGCGAUGGAAUCCUAGGGCCGACCACAGUUUCCGCAUUGCUUGGGACGUUGAUGGGUGCGAGAAAUCGCCUAAAUACCUAUGGCGCUCCUGUUCCCAAAGACGUUUUUGAUGUGGCUGCCUUAAAACGGGGAAUAGCAAGCUUUCAAAAGUCCCAAAAGCUCGACGGGACUCGCAGGCUUGAUCGACAAACAUUAGAUCGACUCCACCGUGUUACUGCUAAGGCUGCGAGCGGGGAUGGUUGGAAUGUACCGCGGGCAGUGAAAUCCACCGUUGCUGAACUGGGAGGCAAAGGUGGUGAAAUGGUGAUGGGUAUUGUUGGCGGGCGUGACAAAGCUGGGAUAUCGGAGGUUGAAACAAUAGAUAUGGACCGGUUUGUGCAGCUGGUUAGUGGAGAACGGUCAAAAUGGCUAUGGCAUGGCAAGCCACGCAAAACAGGCAGUGAUAUCUUUCGUCACGUUUCUGGUGAAGACUCGAUGGUCUUUACGAACGAUGAUCGUGGCGGAUACAAGUGGGUUAGUAGGAAAAGGAGCAACACUACAUCAGAGUAUAACUCUGGACGACCAAGUCUCGAAACAGAGCAUUCCGGUAGACUACUUGACUCCCAAAGCCAUAUUUAUGAUGACAAGGAACAACCACUAAAGGGUGCCCUUAAGCGUACAGUCACGGGAAAGGUAUCAGACGCCCGUGCCGGAUUUGGUAGAUUCCGGGAUGCCGUUGGCUUACCUGGUCUCCGAUCUCAUCACCACAAACGAUCUAGGGAAGGGACUGAUUUUGAAACUGACCUGUCUGGUCAUCCAAAUGUCGAAUACCCUUCCGGAUUACCCAUUAUCAAACUGGCAGACGAAAAUGUUCAGGAAGUAAUACGACCGGAACAUCAGGACGAUACCGCCCAAACUCUGCGCGAACGACUCCCAGUAGAACCAAGCCCUAUCACCGAUUCCAUCUCUCCCAAACAUCGCACGAACCACGAUGAACUCAUUUCCAAUGAUGAACAUUCAGAUGCGGGUGAAUUUCAACCCAGCGAAGACCAAGAGGCUGCUAUCUCCACCGAAAGAGGCGGCAACCUUCCACUCAAGAAAGUCCAGGAGAUACCAGAAGAGUUACUAGGUGUCACCCAAUCAUUCGACCUGCCUCUUCGACGCCCACGAAGCCUCGACAUACUUCCUUCAAAAGUUUCAAAUCCCCAACGCAAUUCCCGCUGGCCCCGACAUCUAUCCUUCAGUGUCGUGGAAGACACCAUUCUUGUCUGGAACAGCAUUGCAGAUUGGGACCCAACCCUCAAUACCGCAAAAGAAGCAACCCCCGCCACAGCAAUGCUGCGAGAAGACAUCCUCGCCUCCGACGUGCGGCACUUUGGUUGCAAGAUCCACGACUUACGCGACAAGAUUGCGCCCUGGGUCGAGGAGCAGGUUAGCGCUGUAGAAUACAUCGAUGCCCGCGCCCAGGCGCGACUGGAAGAGCUCAAUUCCACCUACCAAGAAAAGACCGAGGAUUUCGGCAUGCUCCGGACGCGCACUGCGGAUUUGGUUGCGGUCGAGGGGUCCGGGCUCUUGGAGGCGGCGAAGAAGGUUGAGCUGCUCGGUGCGAAGCUUGAUUAUGAGAUAAACGUGCUGCAGUCGAGGAUUGAAGAUGUGGAGCUCAGCGUGAGUGAUUUUGAGAGACAUAUUGUUGGGCUUGAGAAUAGGGUUCGGGACCUGGUUAUGGAUGAGAAGCGGAAGGCAAGGAAGUCGUGGAUUAGUUGGGCUCGUGAGUUUUGGGGACAGUGA